AUGGAGGAGAUAAUGUCAAUGAUCUUCAACGGAAUCAAUCUGGUUAAGCAGCUCGAGUUCAGCUUAUCCUCACAAGAGUCACCAGAAUCGCUCUCGAAUUCUCUUGGUUUGGUCUCCAUUCUAUUCGGUAACGCUAACGAGCAACUAAAAAUCCUACUUGCGAGGAGGAACUCUUUAGUACAAAACCAGCAUGAACCGGAACUGAAUCCAAUGUCCGGUUUGGACCAUAUGAUGGCGCAUACAAUUGAACCGGGUCUGAUGCAUGACUACUGGUCAAGGCAUGCAGUGAUGCAAACCUUUGCGACUAUGGAUUCCGGCGCAUCUAGCCAUUCCUCGACACCUAAUCAUCGAAGAAGGUAA